AAGAAUGCAUUUAGUGAGAGAAAAAAAAUGUGUGUUAUAUCUGACAGAAAUGAAAGCAUAAAGAAAGGUGUGAGUAUUGUUUAUCCAACUGUUCCUCAUUUUGCAUACAUAUGGCACCUCUGGAAAAAUGUGUGUUCAAACUUUAGGAGAAGCAGGACAUUCUAAGUGAUCUAUUUUAUUCAAUGGCUAAGUCUUAUAGAAAAGAUGAUUUUGAAAAAUUGAUGGCUAAAUUGGAUAAAAUAGAUGGAAGAGUAAAAAAGUAUCUUCAAGAUGCUGGGUAUGAAAGGUGGUCUAGGUCUCACGCAACAGUAAACCGUGGGAGAAUGAUGACUUCAAAUAUAGCUGAAUGUAUCAAUGGUUGCCUUGUUGAUGCACGACAACUACCUAUUAUAGAUUUUUCGGAGGUAGUUAGAAUUCUAUUUGGUUCUUGGAAUUGCAAAAAUAGAGACAUAGUUUCUUAUACAAAAGAAACAUUUGGCAGAAGAUUUGAAGAAAUAUUGAUUUUAAACGCACCAAAAAGUGCAAAAAUGAAGGUUGUUGCAUCUUCUGAGUUUAUUUUUUCAGUGUAUGAAGGUGGGAUUAGAUACAUUGUUUGUCUUGAGAGGAAAACUUGUUCACGUGAAAGAUUUCAACAUGACGAGAUACCUGUCCACAUGCAAUAGCCGUCUUGAAGAAGAAGAAUAUAACAUAUGUACACCCCUAGUGCUCUGAUUAUUAUAAACACGAUGCAUUAACAAAUACUUAUGCAAUUUCAAUAGAAUUAAUGCCAGACAAAAGAGAAUGGAAUGCUCCGGACUCUGUUUAGGAAGAAGUGGUCUUGUCACUUAGAUACAAAAUGAUGCUUGGGACACCAAGAAAAAAGAGAAAGAAAAAUUCAGAUGAAAAGAUAACAACAAAAACGAAUUGUUGUGGACGUUGUGGUCAAGAAGGUCAUAAUAAAAGAACAUGUACCUUCUUUCCAAAAGAUUCUUGAUUUAUA